AUGACCGCGGACAACAAGCUCGACUGGACUCCUUCCUCGACUGCCAAGACUCGUCACGGCAUCAACCCCGCUACCGAGGAGGCGUUGCCCGAGGUCCCCGUCGCGACUCAGGAGGAUGUCGACAAAGCCGUCGCUGCCGCCCGCCGCGCCUUCCCCGCCUGGGGCAAGACCUCUUGGGACGAGCGCGAGAAGCUUCUGAACAAGCUCGCUGACGCUGUCGAGGCCAACGCCGAUGGAUUCAAGGACAUCCUUGUUAAGGAGACGGGCAAAGCGAUCUCGACCGUCGAGAUGGAGUUUGCCAGCACUCCCCGCUUCAUGCGUGCUCUCGCCUCGCUCCGCGUCAAGGACCAGGUUCUCGUUGACGAUGACGAGCACACCGCUACCCUUCGCCACAUGCCUCUCGGUGUCGGUGCCGCCAUCGUCCCCUGGAACUGGCCCCUGCUCCUCGCCACCGCCAAGUUGGCUUCUGGUCUCAUCACCGGCAACUGCGUCAUCGUCAAGCCCUCUCCCUUCACCCCGUACAGCAACCUGAAGCUUGUUGAGCUUGCCGCUGGUAUCUUCCCUCCUGGCGUCGUGCAGGCUCUCUCUGGCGGUGACGACCUCGGCCCGAUGCUGACCGAGCACGACGGAAUCGACAAGGUGUCCUUCACCGGCUCGUCGUUCACGGGCAAGAAGGUCAUGGCCUCGUGUGCCCGCACCCUGAAGCGUGUCACUCUCGAGCUUGGCGGCAACGACGUCGCGAUUGUUUGCGACGACGCCGACCUCGCCAAGACCGUUCCCGUCGUUGGCACCAUGUGUUUCCUCGGCUCGGGCCAGAUCUGCAUGGACGUCAAGCGCGUGUACGUCCACGAGAGUAUCUACGACAAGUUCAAGGCUGCCCUCAUCGAGUUCUCCAAGCACAUCAAAAUGGGCGACCCCAACGACGCCGGCACGACUGUCGGACCCAUCCAGAACGAGAUGCAGUACGGCAAGGUGCGCGAGAUGUACGAGGCCAUCAAGGCCGAGGGCUGGAGCGCCAUCGUGGGCGGACAGACGGACGCGCGUGACCAGUUCCCCAAGGGCUUUUUCAUGCAGCCCACCAUCAUUGACAACCCGCCCGAGAACUCGCGCAUCGUGCAGGAGGAGCCUUUCGGCCCCAUCGUUCCCCUGCUCAAGUGGAGCAACGAGGAGGAUGUGCUGAAGCGCGCGAACGCGAGCAAGAUGGGCCUCGGCGGCAGUGUCUGGACCAAGGACCUCGAGCGCGGUCAGCGCCUCGCCUCCCAGCUCGAGUCUGGCUCGUCCUGGGUUAACUGUCACUUCAAGCUCGACCCCCGCGUCCCCUUCGGAGGAGCCAAGUGGAGCGGCCUCGGGCGUGAGCUCGGCACAACCGGUCUCGAGGGCUGGCUCGAGCCCCAGUCUCUCUGGGUUAGCAAGCUGUAA